AUGCUAAUGUAUUACUACGUGCGCAUAAUAAGGCUCAGGCUCCUGGAAGCCAGAUCUUCCGCCAGCUCGGGCCAAGCCUGGUUCGAGCCCGUGUUUGGUCUCCAGGCUCUGCCAUUCCUCUCCUGUUUCACCUAUGCUGAAAAAGGGCAUGGAACCCCCUGGGACACCCUACUCAUUCCAGGACCCACAGACAGCAUCCUGGGAAAGCUAGCAGAAGCCGACAAAGGGAAGCAGGUGUUCCUGGAAGACUCAGACCUGGAUGGAAAAGUGGCCUGGCUGUUGGGCCAGCAGCUCUCUGUCGCUGAAGUUCACUCCCAGGGGCGGGAGGUGCCGCUGAGAGAUGCGCGCUGCGCGGGCGUCCUGAACAAUCGGCUUCAGCACCCGGCCCAGGUGGACAGCGACGAGCGCAGCAGCCCGCCCCAGCCUCCCGGCGCCCACCCCUGGUAG